CUGGGGCCAGCAGCAAUGACCUCACAGGCCCCGCCGUCACCCUCCACGUUGGAGCAGAUCCAGGCAUGGACACAGAGGCCUGGGCUUACAGGACACACCACCCCCUAKCCAAGRCUCGACAGGGCCAGAGGACCCUGGUCCCACCAGGCAGCCACCGGGCCGAGCCGGCACACACCCAAGUGCCCAGCCCCARACAUCGAGGACCACCAGUGCACUGGUGGGCAAAUGCCCAACCCACCAKAGGGCAGAGUGGCAGGGGGGCGAGACCUCACCAUUAACAGUGUAAGUGGUGGAGGAGAGGAGCGCUUGGUGAGGAAKGGGCGGCGCGGAGGGGCGGAGCCUCUCUCUCACAGGGCGGUGUCAGCUGAAGAAAAGCGGACAGAGAGAGGGAGAGGUGACAGAGGGACAGGUUACCCUCUGACUGGUUGUACCUUACUGCUGCAGACAACUUCAGACGUGGAUGGUAAUGGCUUCAUCUCUGCCUCUGAACUGGGAGACCUGUUCCGGGAGGUGGGCUGUCCCUUACCUGGGUACCAGGUCCGAGAGCUCCUCCACAAACUGGACCGAGACAAAGACAGCCGCAUCGACUUUGAGGAGUUCACGGCUAUCUUUCAGGAGCUGAAGGACGACCGGAUGGCUCAGGGUUUCAGGAAGGCUCUCAACAAGAAAGAAGGCAUUGUAGCCAUCGGAGGCACCAGUGAGCUGUCCAGUGAGGGAACCCAACACUCAAUCUCUGAGCAGGAACGCUUUGCUUUUGCCAACUACAUCAACAAGGCUUUGGAGAAGGAUCCAGACUGUAGACAUGUUCUGCCCAUCAACCCCGACACUGGAGCUCUGUUUAAAGCCCUGGCAGACGGCGUCGUGCUGUGUAAACUGAUCAACCUGUCUGUUCCCGACACCAUCGAUGAGAGAACCAUCAAUAAGAAAAAGCUCACUGCUUUCACCACACAGGAGAAUCUGAACUUGGCUUUGAAUUCAGCUUCAGCCAUCGGGUGCCAGGUGGUUAACAUCGGGGCCCAGGACCUGAAGGAGGGCAAACCUCACCUGGUUCUGGGCCUGCUCUGGCAGAUCAUCAAGAUCGGACUGUUUGCUGACAUAAAGUUGAGCCGCAACGAAGCUCUCGCAGCGCUGCUGGAGGACGGUGAGACUCUGGAGGACUUGAUGAAGCUCAGUCCUGAAGAGCUGCUGCUCCGUUGGGUCAAUUUCCAUCUGAAGAAGACUGGCAUGACCAUCUCCAACUUCUCUGCAGACAUUAAGGACUCCAAGGCCUACUUCCACCUGCUGGAGGAAAUCGCUCCAGAUGGCAGCAAAGAGGGCGUACCUCGGAUUGAGAUCGACAUGACCGGCUUGUAUGAGAAGGAUCUCAGAAAGAGAGCAGAGUGUCUGCUGCAGCAGGCCGAGCGGCUGGGCUGCAGACAGUUUGUCACCGCCACAGAUAUCGCCACAGGAAACGCCAAGCUGAACCUGGCCUUCGUGGCGACGCUCUUCAACAAACACCCAGCUCUCACCAAACCAGAGAACCAGGACUGGAUCCUGGAGAGUGAGACGAGGGAGGAGAGGACUUUCAGGAACUGGAUGAACUCUCUGGGCGUCAAUCCUCACGUCCACCACAUCUACGGGGACCUGCAGGAUGCCAUGGUGAUCCUGCAGCUGUAUGAGAAGAUUAAGGUGCCGGUGGACUGGAACAACAGAGUCAACCAUCCUCCCUUCAAAGGAGUGGGAGGAGGUCAUUUAAAGAAGAUUGAAAACUGUAACUAUGCUGUGGAGCUGGGAAAGAAGAAAGCAGGGUUUUCUCUGGUGGGGAUCGGGGGUCAGGACCUGUACGAUGGAAAGGAGACCCUGACCCUGGCUCUGGUGUGGCAGCUGAUGAGGAGGUACACACUGAAUGUGCUUGAAGACCUGGGACACGGAGAGGUUGCUGGUGAUGAUUUGAUCAUUUCAUGGGUCAACAAGACUUUAAGUGGAGCCGGCAAGAGUUCUUCCAUCAAAAGCUUUAAGGACAAGACGAUCAGCACCAGUCUUCCAGUUCUGGACCUGAUCGACGCCAUUCAGCCGCAGAGCGUGAACUUUGACCUGGUUAAAAGAAACGACAUCACAGAUGAAGACAAACUGGACAACGCAAAGUAUGCUGUGUCCAUGGCGAGGAAGAUCGGAGCUAAAGUCUACGCACUGCCUGAGGACUUGGUAGAAGUCAACCCUAAAAUGGUGAUGACCAUCUUUGCCUGCCUGAUGGGGAGAGGCAUGAAGAAGGCUUAAAGCAGCAACAGACACACACAUGAAAUAUUUGAAUUAUCAAAAAGCAAUAAAGAUCCAUUUUUAAAUUUGUGGUUUUGCAUUUUUAAGAACAUCAUUUCUCCCUGUGGUUGAUGAGGAACAGCUUGAGAUGUAAAAGCUGUGAGCUUUUCUUGUUUGAAAGGAUUUUGAUUCAGUUCUUUGUUUUUCCACCUUUAAGCACUCAUGUGAAAUCUGUUUCAGAGGCUGAACCUUUAAAAACAUUUACAAAUGUUGUGUUUAUUGUCCAAACCUGGUUGUUUUUAUAUAUUUUAUUUUUAUACAACUGUUUACUCUGAAAAUCUGAGUUUUUUCUUCUUUCAUUAGGAUAAAUGAAAUAUAAUUGAGACUGAAAGGAAUAUUUCAACUCAACCCACAGAACUGUCCUCUUUGGUAAAACUUGAAUCUAUUUAGUCCCUCAGUAAAAUGUAAAAUGUGCAUAAAUCAUGUUAACCAUGUCUCUCAGUAAAUCCAGCAUCUGUUUCCCAUUGAUGGCUGAAAAGGAUCAUUUUAAUCAGAUAGAAAAAUGCAAUAAACUAAAAAAUACAA